CACCACGCAGAACGCGCUCCCCUCGAGUGCUCCGCAGAUCUGUCAGUUGCAGGAUUCUACUCGGAUAGCGGGUCACUGAACGCGUCCGGACGCUGUCAAUCAACAACCGGACCCCCCUCGGUUUGUCUGUUAUCCUCUUACUGCGGGGAAAACACAACCAUUUUAUCCUUUUGCUCCUUUUUUAAAUUUUUUAAAUUUUUUUAUUUGGGGUUCACUCUGUCGCGAUGCACGGGAUAGCUAACAGUUAGCUAGCGUUAGCCGGUGAGCUAAAGGGUAGCUAGCGUUAGCCGUAGAGCUAACGGUUCGCUAGCGUUAGCCGGAGUGCUAACGGUUCGCUAGCGUUAGCCGGAGUGCUAACGGUUCGCUAGCGUUAGCCGGAGUGCUAACGGUUCGCUAGCGUUAGCCGGAGUGCUAACGGUCAUCUGCACCCGCGAACCCGGGUGCGGUUGAAGCGGAGUCCGCGUGCGGUGUGGUCAACAACCCGCAGUAAACAUGGGGAAAAGCAACCGGUUGUUAAACCUCUACCACUAUCUCCAAGACCCCCACCUUGUGGCUCGGUUUCAGCACUUUUGUGGAGUACGCGAGACGUUUUCGGGAACCUUAACCUCCACCACCUCCACCGCGGCGGCGGGAAAGGAAGCAGACCGGACUCAUGAGCACAAUAACGGGGCUUGCCGUCGCCGCGUCGCCGGGGGGGACGACAGCGGAUACCCGGCCGCCAUCGGAGCCGGUGAAGGGGAGAAAGCCCAGACGGCGGCGGCGAAGGGUGUCAGCCAGAGCGUCGCGACGAGCCGAGGGGAAGAAAGUAGAAAUCCGCCCCGGAACGGAGCGCCGGUCUCCGCGAAGACCGCCGCGGGAGAAGCGGUCAGUGCGGGCAGGAACGGACGAAGUUCCUGCCCGCCGGACCUUACCGGCGCCACCGAAUCAGAAGAGCCGGGCAACGAAAAAGCCCCGGGGAGCAGCGGCACGGUGAAACCCCUCCGGAAGAACUCUCUGACGGGCGACGCCGGGCAGGAGUUCCUCAUCCAGAACCGGUUCCUGUACUACGCCUUCACGCUCGGAACCGAGCUGGGCAACGAGCUGUUCUACAUCACCUUCUUCCCCUUCGUCACGUGGAACGUGGACGCCUUCGUGAGCCGCCGGCUGAUCAUGGUCUGGGUCUGGGUCAUGUACCUGGGCCAGUGCACCAAGGACCUGCUGGGCUGGUCCCGGCCCGCCUCGCCGCCCGUGAUCAAGGUGGAGAUGUUCUACAACUCCGAGUACAGCAUGCCGUCCACGCACGCCAUGUCGGGCACGGCCAUCCCCUUCUCGCUGUUCUUCAUGACCUACGGCCGCUGGGAGUACCCGUUCCCUCUGGGCUUCAGCCUGGCUCUCUGCUGGUGUCUGCUGGUCUGCGUCAGCCGGAUCUACAUGGGGAUGCACUCGGUGCUGGACGUCAUCGCCGGCGUCCUCUACAGCGUCCUCAUCCUGCUCUUCUUCCUGCCGGCGUUGGACCUGAUCGACGGCUUCAACCUGUCGUGCCGCUACGCCCCGCUCAUCAUCGUCUGCCUCCACCUGGGCCUGGGCCUCUUCUCCUUCACCCUGGACACCUGGAGCACCUCGCGGGGCGACACCGCGCAGAUCCUGGGCACGGGCGCCGGCGUGGCGCUGGCCUCGCACGUCAACCACCGCCUGGGCCUGAUGCCCGACCCCACGCCGGACCAGCUGCCCUUCGCCGCGCCCGCCCUCGGCGCCGGGCUGGCGGGGGCGGCGCUGCUGCGGCUGGCCCUAGGCGUGCUGGUGCUGAUGGCCACGCGGGCGCUGAUGAAGGCCGUCACCAUCCCGGCGGUGUGCCGCGUGUUCGGCGUGCCCAGCGGCGACGUGAGGAAGGCCCGGCAGCGCAUGGAGGUGGAGCUUCCCUACCGCUACAUCGUCUACGGGGCGGUGGGCUUCAACGUGCUCUUCCUGGUCCCGCUGCUCUUCAGCUACACGCGGCUCUCCUGAUUGGACGCUCGCUCGGCGCUGCCGCGGAUCGGGUUCCCCGCGGGGGAUUCUGACUCUCGACAGCAAUACCGUUUUAUACUUCCUCAUUCCAGUGUCGGCGGUUAUCCCGACGGUGACCGUUGACACACAAGUGGUUUCAGCGUUUUUGGACUAUGUGGAGGCGUUGGGACACUUUGUCUCCUGUUUCAGGAGCUGCUCUGGGAUCGAUUGUUUUACAUGAUGUUCUCUUUUUAUAACACUGUACACCGACUUCCUGUUAGAGUGGCUCUACAUGGCAUCCACUUCCUGUGUGGAGGAGAGAUGGAGGUUAGGAGGGAGGAGAGAAAAGAGGCGGUUAGGAGGGAGGAGAGAAAAGAGGCGGUUAGGAGGGAGGAGAGAAAAGAAGAGAUGAAGGCAGAAAACCGCUCAGGCAAAUAAAGUUUAAUAUUUUACACAAUAUAGUUGUAAUGUUUUCUGGAAAAGGUCAUUAAAUGCAGAAUGAAAAUAAAAUAAUGUUCUUAGACUUUAUUUAUUAUGAUUUCACAUAUUACAAAUUUGUGCUGAAAAAGUCCAGUCGGAUAAUUCAGCUUCUUUGAGUCGUAGUAAACAGGAAGUCGAGACUUUAAUCCUCAUUACGUUUUAUACAACUUAAGUUUGUUUCUCUGAUCGAAGCAAAAGGAUAAACAAAUUAAACUUCAUAUAAAAAGUGUUUUUGACUAUUCAACACCAGCUAAAGUUCCUGUUUGUGUGUCCAAAGUAACAGAAACAAGAUGCCAGAUAAAGGACACACACACACACACACACACGUUCGUUCCUCCUCAGGUUUCUCACCUGCAGCAGCUGUGACUGAAGUGCCUUGCUCGAGGGUAUUUUGUCAGACGUCAGCUGACCUUCUCUGGUGACCUUUGACCUCAAAGAAAGGAAAAUAUCUUCCUCUUGAGUCUUAAUUGACUUGCUGUUGUUUGUACGGGACGGUCCUGAUACAAAUGCAAUGCUCCCAGAAUGCAGAUGAUUUCUGAUCUGGUUUGAUCUGGACUUGUAUGUUUUAAGUCCUUACAAUCACCACAUUUAUGAUUUUAUCCCCAAACAUGAAUCAUAACGAACCCCAAAGCUUUCGUAGCACCUGGAUUGGUGGGUUUAUUCAUGAACGCGACUCUUAUUACUCUCUGAAAGCCCUGAUGGCACUGAUACCGUUUUAUACAAAAACUUAAUAGUGGUUAAACUGUCGCUGCUCUUCUCUUCCCUUUAGUGCCUUUAUUAUAAUUAUUAUUGUUGUUGUUCAGGUAUAUUUUUUGUUUCACGCUUUCCCAACGUGUUUUAGUUUUUCACAUUUCUGCCAUUGUUCAAAUGAAAAAGUAUCUUUUGUUUCAGCGUUAAAAUGAAGUCAAACUAAUUUGAUUUCAAGCGUUUAUUUCAUAUUAACAUUCACUGACUGUUUGAAUGAGAAAAGUGACUUGAAGUUUCUGUCCAAAUACACAAAAUCAUUUUUAGAAUCAUAUUUAAACAUCAAAGGACCGUUUAUGCAUUUCAUGUUAUAUGUAGACACGGAUUCUAUCGUUGGAUUUAAUCUCUAAGUGUUUGAUUGUAUGUGUGAAAUUCACUUAAAUAAAAUCAAAUGGAAUAAAGUA